AGGAGGAGGAUGCUCCAAAUGACAAAUCUGCUCGGAUCAAGGAGAUGCCUGCCUUUCUGACCGAGGACACCACGAUGAAUGUCAUACCCUCCAGCACCGGCAACAUGUUGACCACGCUGACAGACGGCGGUUUGCAGUACCUCAUGGCAGGAGCCAGAUCAAACAUAGGUCUCAAAUCAGGGCGCUAUGCUUUCGAGGUGAAGAUCCUGGAGAGAAGCGCCCCACAUGAAGACCCCGCCGCGCGAAAUCGGAUCAUGGGUUCAAGGAGCCAAUUGCGUAUUGGCGUUGCCACAACGACGUCCUCACUCUUUCUUGGAGAGACAGAGGACUCGCUGUGUUUCGACUCGGACGGCAAUUUCUUCCGAGGCAGAAGGAAAAGCACCGGGGGGCCAAAGUUCACAACCGGCGACGUGGUGACUCUGGUGGUCAACAUGGACACAACAGGCACAAACGCAAAGACGGUGAGCCUCUUCAAAGACGGGCAACGUUGUUCGCCGCCGCAGCCACUUCCAGAGUCUUUGGCCAACCAGGCAUUAUAUCCGGCUCUGAGUUUUCGGAACAUCUGUGUGUUUUACAACUUCGGCCCUGUGCCUUUGGUGCUGCUACCUUUCACUUGCCGUCUGGUCAAGGAUGCAUCCCAGAAAGAUGUCACCAUCAAGGUUGAAAAACCUGAUGAGCAACAUGAGGUCCUCUUCCCAGUGAGCCUUCCAGACGAGGGCGGCUUUGAUUGGCUUGAUCAGUUCUUGGAAUCGCAUCCGUCGUUCAGUGAACUGAGCGACAGAGCCUUGCUGCGCUGGUGCGAGAAGAGUGGCAUCCAUCGGCCCAAGGGCUAUCAAGCUGCUGCUAGAAGCUCCAAUGACAAGCCAGAAAUGGGCUUCGGUAUUGCUGCGCUGGACGACCUGAGCGUGAGACGUAUGCUUCAAGCCGUGGCUGGACUACAGAAGCGAAAUUUGGUCGUCAUGGAGAUGAAAUCCAACUUGCUGAAGUCGGAGCGAAAGGAGCUCACGACACGCUGGGCAGCGUGCGGCUGCAAACGCGUAGCAGCUGUCGUAGUAGGUGAACCGCCUGCCUCCUUCAGGGCUUUCAGCCAGGAGAUGAUGCUUCGGAUCAAGCAGGAGGCACUGACGGCAGAGUUCAAGGCUAAAGUUCAGGAGGAGAGAAAGAAAACUGCCGAAAAACAGCAGCCUCUAGACCCUGAGAACAAGGCCAAGAAAGUGCAAGAUGCGCUCAAGCGAAAAGCCGAGUUCGAAAGAAGAAAACGAGAGGCCGAAACAAGAGGCGAACCCUUCGACGAGAAGGAGGACGAUGAGGAAGAAGUGAAAGAUGUGGAGUUGGAGGAUGUGCCACAAGCAGAGCUCACAGCUGAAGAGAAGAAACUAGUCUUCCGAAAAGCACCCGUAAACGACUUGACUCCGUAUGUGCUCAAUACGAACUUCCAGAAGUUCUCCCUCCCAGAUGACGAGGAGGAGUUCGACGAGAUCCGCUGGGUGUGGCACGACGAGGACCGCGCGAAGCAACAUCUGAACGAAUGGAUCCAGAUGAAGAAGCUGACCUCGCGGCUUGAAGAUUUGGUGCCCGGAGAGUGGUUUAAUGCCAAGUGGAAAGAAUGGCAAAAAGUGGUGCAGUCUUACCAAGCGAAGCAGAAUGUCUACAAGGCAGAAGCCAAGAAAAAUGCCACAGAGGUUGACAAAGACGUUGGUGAGGAGAAGGAGAGAGUCGAUUUCGAUCACCUGGACGUCUUCGGCGUAGAAGACGUUUCAGACGUGGGCGGUGGAGAGCCAUUGUUCGCCUUUUUCGGCUUUGAAGAUUGGACCCUCAUGAGUGCGCGCUAUGAACUCCAUUUGAUGGCGCACGCCUUCAGCAAGGAUUCUAAUGACCCAGACCGAGUUGCAGUUCCAGUGGAACACCUUCCUUUCUAUUACCAGAAAUAUUACAAGAAGGCCUUGAACCCAAAGGCCUUCGGUGUAGAGAACUGCGAGGAGGUUGUGGAUUUGGUGCGCGACACCGUUCUCAUCACAGGCAAAAGCAAGGUGCUCGAAGCGCAGCUCCCGGAAGACUUGGAAUCCACGAACUUGUUCGUGAUGCUGACGGAGGAAAGCCGUAGAGACCGCAAUCGGCGCAUCGAUAUGGGCGACGACUCUGCCAAGCUGAAGAUCCAAGGGCAUGGAGGACACGGAGGACACGGAGGACAAAAUGCAAGACCAAAUGCUCCAACGUUGUCUCAGCAAGUCAUGGCAGCAUCACGGCGUCCUGGCUACAGCUCCCAGGUGCGGCCCGCUUCACCAUUUGGUGACAAAGGCUACGACAAGGGCUACGACAAGGGCUACGACAAGGGCUACGACAAGGGCUAUGACAAGGGCUACGACAAGGGCUACGGCAAAGGUGGUUAUGGCGGAUGGGAGGGCCGCUACCAAAACUGGCGUUGGUGAACUCUGGUUGUGAUGUGGAUUCCAACGCUCACUCAGCGCCCCCCAUGCGAGAGCUUUGGCGCACAGAAAAGAAACACACAGGCUUCACGCUUGUCUUAUGACAAA